UUUUGAAGAAGUCAUGGCAAAAUCAAAUAUAAAACACAGAGUUUGUUCUCGGGAAUCUUCAGUGUCUUCUCUGUUAACAAGCUGCAGCCUGAGUGGUAGUGACUCCUCUAAGUCUGAUGCCUCCUUUCAGUAUAAGAACAAAUUGUAUAGCUCUGCUUCUCAGGCUCUACAGGCCUAUAUAGAUGAUUAUGAUCUAAGCCAAAUGUAUCUUGGUGCAAGCACUGGAAAGAUUAACAUUGAUAAAUGUUCUACCACUAUGCCAGAAUUCUCCAACCAUAUUUAUAAAUCAAACAAUGCUUUUGAAAUUCUAGAUCACAAAAAGAGCUUCCAGUCCCUAUCCUACAGAAGACAGACUGCUAACGACAUAGAUUCCAUUAGCUUAACAACUGAUGAUCUAUUAAAACUUCCGGCAGAUGGAUCAUUUUCUUUCACUUACAUUGGACCAGGUCAUCGAACUACUAAGAAAAUUAAGAAACGCACUGGAAGACUCAAUUUAUCAAACACUAAAAUUAAUGAAACUUUUGAAGAGCCCUCCCCUCCCAUGUGCAAGGAUAACUUAGUUACUCCUGUUGUAUAUACAAAUGUGACUGAUAAGCAAUGUGGGAGGCUGCGGAACCCAAAGCUUACGAAAAAGACUAGUAUAUGCAUUUCUGAACCAUCUUUUUCCAAGAAAUCAUCUUUCAAGGAUAGUUCAGAGCACAAUCUUGAACAAAAUUACCCAAGAUGGUUCACUAGCCAGAAGUCUGAUCUGAAUGUUUCAGGGAUAACAAGUAUACCAGAUUUCAAAUACCCAGUAUGGCUCCACAAUCAAGAUUUGCUACCUGAUACAAGCAGUAAAAAUAAUUAUAAAAUAUUUCAAGAAGAUCAACAUUCCCCUAGACAUAGUUACCGGGCGCAAAGAACUUCUCGGCUUAUGAAUAAAUUAGAUUGUUUUGAAUAUUCUUUUGAACCCUCAAACAUUUCAAAUUCCUUGAAUGAUGGUAAAGGAUUAGUUAAUGAAUAUACAUGUGAUUGUGACCAUAGCCAAUGGCAGUGUGAAGAUCUACUCCCAGGACAUUCCAAAAAGCCAUUCAAUGGUGACAAAAUUGAAUUGCUUAUUCUGAAGGCCAAGAGUAAUCUAGAACCUUGUACUGAAGAAUUACCAAAGUCUAUGAAAAAGGAUGACAGUCCUUGCUCAUUAGAUAAACUUGAAGCUGAAAGAUCAUGGGAAAAUAUUCCUGUUACUUUCAAAUCUCCUGUUCCUGUUAAUUCCGAUGAUAGCCUUCAACAAACUUCAGGUGCAAAGUGUUCUAAAGGGUUCCUUGAAAACUUUUUAAAUAGUGAUAAUCAGAGCUGUACACUUUCUGGCGGGAAACAUCAUGGUCCUGUUGAAGCCUUGAAGCAAAUGUUAUUUAAUCUUCAAGCUAUACAAGAAAGUUUUAAUCAGAAUAAAACCACAGAUCCAAAAGAAGAAGUUAAGCAAAUUUCAGAAGAUGAUUUCUCUAAAUUACAACUGAAGGAAAGUAUGGUUCCUAUUACUAGGUCACUUCAAAAGGCUUUGCACCAUUUAUCUCGUCUGAGAGACCUGGUUGAUGAUACCAGUGGGAGACAGUCACCGAAACUGUGAAGAGGAAAAUAAAACUUUCUAACCAAUAAAUAGUCACUAUAGAACAAAAAUGUAUUUUUCCAAUUGCUUAAACUGAUAUAAUCCAUACAUUCUACAACCUAUGAUUUGAACAAGCAUUACAUAUACAUAU